GUUUCCGACUUUAACUCAAAGUUAAAAAGAUUUGUAUAAUAAGAAGUUUUAAAUAUACUAAUUAUUUUAAAAUUAUAGUUAUAGUCAAAGUACAGAUAAAAUGUACUAAAAAUCUAAAUAAAUGUUUCUUUUAAUUGAUUUUUACAAGUAUUUUUUAUAAAAUAUUGAUUUGACUGAAACCAAGCGCCAAGUUGUCAUCCCCUCUUCGCUACAAUCCUUGAAUCCCGGGACGGAAUCAAUAUGAACUGCACGCGACGAAGUGCUUUAACAAACACGUUUUCACUUAAAAUAUAGAAAGAAAUUCUCCAGUAAAUCGCAAGUGUCUGUUACAGGAUGAAUCGAUUGAUAAAACAGUACAAAUAAAGAGAUUAUCGAAAUCUAACUGGUUUUAUUUAAUUUUUAAAUCUACCGGUUAUGUCUACUGUAGACAUCUCACCAAGAUUCUGCUGCUAAUGUAAUUCAUACCUAUAAAAGAGAAAAGUAAUGGAGAUUAAAAGACAGAGUUUCUCCUGAAAAACUGCACAAUUUUGGAUUAUAAAAAACAACUUAAGUUAAGUGUAAUAUAAAUAAUGUUUGUGUCCAUUUAUCAGAGGAAUGCAACACCUCUGAGGGUGUCGCGAAAGACGUGAGGACAUCAUUGAUCGUUAAGUUACAAAUGUAUAAAAUGUUAUUAAUACUCAUUUAUAUUCUUGUAACUGUACUACCAACUAAGGGAACGUUAAUAUCUUUUGAUGAUGAAGAAAAUGUUUUGCAUAUUGGAGCAAUCUUUCCUAUUGCUGGAGAAGGUGGUUGGCAAGGAGGACAGUCUUGUAUGCCAGCUGCCAACCUAGCGAUGGAAGAUGUCAAUCGAGAAAUUAAUUUACUGCCUGGUUUCACUUUGAGAUUACAUUCUAAUGAUAGUGAGUGUGAGCCGGGACUUGGAGCCUCUGUCAUGUACAAUCUUCUUUAUAACAAGCCACAAAAGUUAAUGUUGUUAGCAGGUUGUAGUACAGUUUGUACAACUGUUGCAGAAGCUGCGAAAAUGUGGAAUUUAGUUGUUCUUUGUUAUGGAGCUUCAUCGCCAGCGCUAUCUGAUCGAAAUCGUUUUCCUACUCUUUUUAGAACACAUCCUUCAGCAACUGUUCACAAUCCUACAAGAAUCAAGCUUUUACAAAAGUUUGGUUGGUCACGAGUUGCACUUUUACAACAAGCAGAGGAAGUCUUUAUUUCGACUGUUGAAGAUCUCGAAGCUCGUUGUAAAGAAGCCGGAAUUGAAAUAGUCACUCGUCAAAGUUUUCUAUCUGAUCCAGCAGACGCAGUAAGAAAUCUACGACGUCAAGACGCCAGAAUUAUAGUCGGUCUUUUUUACGUGGAUGCAGCUAGACGAGUUCUUUGCGAGCUUUAUCAUCAAAACAUUUAUGGAAAAAGUUAUGUUUGGUUUUUUAUAGGAUGGUACGAAGACAAUUGGUUUGAAGUUAAUUUAGAUAAAGAAAAUAUCGUGUGCACAAAAGAAGAAAUGCGUCAAGCUGCUGAGGGCCAUAUGACAACUGAAGCUUUAAUGUGGAAUCAAAAUAAUGAGACUACAAUAAGCGGCAUGACUUCCGAAGAUUUUAGACAAAGAUUAAAUAAAGUCCUGCGAGAAAAAGGAUUUGAUAUAGAUAACAAUAGAUACCCUGCGGGAUAUCAAGAAGCACCUUUAGCCUACGACGCUAUUUGGGCUGUUGCUCUAGCCUUUAAUAAAUCGAUGGAGAAAUUAAAUAAGCUAGGAAAGAGCCUGAAAAAUUUUACUUAUACUGAUAAAGAAAUCGCCGACGAAAUAUAUUCUGCAAUAAAUUCUACACAAUUUCUCGGAAUCUCGGGUUAUGUCGCCUUUAGCUCUCAAGGAGAUCGAAUUGCCUUGACUCAAAUAGAACAAAUGAUUGACGGAAAGUAUGUUAAAUUAGGCUACUACGAUACACAAGCGGAUAAUUUAACAUGGUUAAACGCAGAAAGGUGGAUUGGUGGAAAAAUUCCUCAGGAUAGAACAAUCGUAAAAAACGUUCUAAGAACUGUUUCUCUGCCUCUUUUUAUAUGCAUGUCUACUAUUUCAUCGGUUGGCAUUGUCGUCGCCUUAUUACUUAUCAUUUUCAAUAUAUGUAAUAGAUAUAGAAGAGUGAUAAUGUCUUCCCACCCAGUGUGUAAUACCAUAAUGCUGGUCGGAGUUAUUGCAUGUUUUAUCUCAGUUUUUUUAUUGGGUAUCGAUGGUAGAUUUAUGGAGCCUUGGCAAUAUCCCAAAAUUUGUCAGGCAAGAGCUUGGAUAUUAUCAGUUGGAUUUACUCUAGCAUUUGGAGCAAUGUUCAGCAAAGUUUGGAGAGUACAUCGAUUAACAACGAAAACGAAAGCUGACCAAGCAAAGUUAUUUAUGGCUAAACAGAAGAUUUCAUCUGUACAGAAGAAAAUUCAACCUUGGAAAUUGUACAUGAUGGUCACUGCCCUUGUAGUAAUUGAUAUUAUCAUCUUGGGCUCUUGGCAGGGUCUGGAUCCCUUGCAAAGGAAAAUAGAAGAAUUUGCAUUAGAAGCUCCAUUACUUGGAGAUGAUGAUGCCAGAAUAAGGCCUUUACUAGAACAUUGUGAAAGUGAAUAUAAUAAUACUUGGUUUGGUAUAAUGUACGGAUAUAAGGGAUUAAUUUUGGUAUUUGGAUUAUUCUUGGCUUACGAAACUCGAAGUAUAAAAGUGAAGCAAAUCAAUGACUCGAGAUAUGUAGGAAUGUCUAUCUACAAUGUCGUCGUUCUUUGUUUGAUUACGGCACCUGUAACAAUGGUUAUCGCCAGUCAACAAGAUGCAAGCUUUGCUUUUGUCGCACUAGCCAUAAUUUUCUGCUGUUUCCUCAGCAUGGCAUUAAUUUUUGUUCCUAAAGUUAUAGAAGUUAUUAGACAUCCUAAAGAUAAAGCUGAAUCUAAAUACAAUCCAGACGUAGGAUUGUCUAAAGAAGACGAAGAAAGGUAUCAGAAGCUACUUACAGAAAAUGAUGAACUUCAAAGGCUUAUAGCAGUGAAAGAAGAAAAAAUAAGGGUAUUGAAACAGAGACUUGCAGAAAAGGAUGCUUUGAAAGGCAAUUGUGCAACAACUAAGGAUUCACUGAUAGUCGCAGAUUUCGUGACUGGAGAAGGAACUUCAGAUAGUGCAAUUGACAUAACAGAAGGUGAUUUUUAUCCACUGUGACUGUGAGAGUUAAUGUCAUUUUAAGAAACGAUUAAUGAAUAAGUAAAGGACUAUUAUCAACAAAAUGCUUCUUUUCCAAGCAAUCUCUAAUCACCAAAACAUUACCGCUGUAUAUAUGGUUAUGUUACAUUUUUUAUAUCUGAAACCCUAUGAGAUAACAAGGUAAAAUUUACAGGACAUGUAAAGAACAGUUGCUCUAAGAUUUAGUAAAAUUUCGAUAAAAAUUAAAUAUGGUUUUUCUUAAAAAAUGGAUUUUUAAUUUUCCAAAUAAUUAAAAAGCUAAAGAAUUGGGCCAGAAUGGACUCGAGUUUUUUUGCAUGCCCUUUAAAAUUUUCUUAACCCGGCGAGCGUAAUGAUUUUUUAUUUGCAUUUUAAAAAACCUUGAGAUCAUAGAAAUUUUGUACUAUAAUUGUUUUUUUAAACAAUUGCUAAAAUAGCGAUUUGACAUUUAACAUUUAUCGGUUAUUAUAAGUAGAUCCAGAAAUUACAAACUUCUUUCUACGUGUAAGGACAACAAGUAAUUGUUUAAACCAUGUUAAAUAAUAACUAUAGCAAAUUUAAUUUAAUAUUUAAUUUAAUUUAUUGAUUCAACAUUAAAUAAUACCAAUAAAAGAUGCAAAAUUUAUAGAAAUUUGCUUUUCUCUAUUUUGUUUUGGAAAUUGUUAUAAAUUAGCAGUAACAAAUUGUUUAAACAAAUAAAAAGUUCAUUAUAAUAAUAGUAAAACACAUUAUUUAUCCUUAAUAGCCGAUAAUAGUGAAGUACCUUCAUGAUUUCAAUUUUUCUACAUACAAAAAACAAAACUAUUGGUGUGUUUUAUAGUCAGCGUACAUAUAUUGCUAAUAGUUAUAAAUGAACAAUAAGAUGUGUAAAAAAUGUUUUUUAUUGUUUACAUAUUUGUUACCUUUUCCAGAGUAGCUAUGAAAGAUUACAGUUAAAUUCAGCGUUAGAAAUUCGAAUUAUCGAGGAAUGAAUAUUACACAGGGUAAAUGUUACCCUACCUUACGCUCGCCGUGGCAAAGUCGUUAGAAAUCAAUUUCUAAUUCUCUUUCAUUUUUAUUAUUUAUUAUAUUUCACGUACAGUGUAUUACAUUGAUAUUGUGAAACAAGUGAAUAAGAACGGAUUUUAACACCUUACCUGUGAGGAGAAAAAUCUUAGAUUUUCAAAUGUUAAGAUAUUCUUAGAGAGCAAAAAUUAGUGAAAGUGUGUAUACUUGUCAUUCCCGGGUCGCUGUUUAGGAAUCAGAAGUCAGUUUUCAAAAAAUUAAAAGACUGAAUUAUAUAUUGUACAAAUUUAUAAUUGAAAUAUUAAUACAAACAAAGGCAUUUUAUUUCAAAAUUUAAGAAGAAUGAGCAGAAGUAAUUAUAUUUUAAUAUAGUCGAUUUGAAAAGAAGGCUAUUGAGGGUACAAUCAGCAUUAAUUUAAACUUACUAUAGUAUGAACACUUACUAGUAAAAGAAAAUAAAGUUUAAUUCGGUGAUUUAGAAACAUAACAAUUUGAUUCCAUUAAAUUCGAGACAAGUAAUUUGUAAUAGUC